AUGGAGAAGCUGAACACUGAAGAUGGCCAGCUUUUCAUCAAAAACCUCGCAAGCUUCGUACGCACCCAUGAGAAAGCUCUUGCAAAUGCAUUGCAGCUAAGACGCCAAACCAACAAAAAUGCACAACCGACUCAGUCGGGCUUGUCGUCAAGCUCGGCCUCGUCGACCUUGGCGGCAGCCUUGUCCUUUGGGCCAUUGAGGUUUGCCUCUCAUAACAUCAAGCCCGCCAAACUCACCCUCACCCCUCAUCAUCUCUUCUACCUCCUCUCCUGCUUUGAGGACCUUUCCAUCUCCGUGGGACCCAUGAACGUUAGAUUGGAGAAUAUCCAUAACGACGUAUCGCAGUCCUAUGUCUCGUUUCUGAACAAACCCCAACGGUCCAGAGGCGACAGAGAUUCCAUUCACUCUGUGUCAAGUGUCCGUAGUGUCAUGUCUGGCAUGAGUGCUCUCUGGUCCUCAAUAGGUCUGGGAUCCAAGGAUUCGGCUUCCAAGUCCGAGAAAGCCAAAGCUGCUCUGGACGCUGAUCUUAAAUAUCUGUACUCUGCUUUUACCAAAAUCCCGUGUUUACGUCUAGCCCCCGACCACCGCGCCCGCUUAAUACGUGGGUACGAGGAGUUUCCCUUUGACACUGCAGUUCCUCUCCAUGCUUUCAAAAACUUGAGCGUAUUAGAGAUUAUUGAUAUAGACUACCGCUCAUUCUUCGGCUGGGACCGACUGUCUGAGCAGCUGCGAACAUUGACUUUAAAAAGGGCGAACGUCGAGGACAUGGCAGAUCUGCUGACGGGAAUCGUGCUUGAUGACAUUGAUAAACGCCGACGACGGUCGUCAAAGGCUCAGCACUCGCCAGUUCUUGGUUGGAACGGAAAUACUCAUCCUCAACCAGUGCACAAGCCUGAUAUCUCAGGCUCCGUUUCCGCUCCCGGCUCACCAGUCGUUGAAACGGCGUUCGGAACAAGCACAAGCCCCAAGGCAGUUUCUAUGAUGCGAGUAGGCUCUGAAGGUGCUACCCCCGGCCGAGCACGGACUGGAAGCGUUUCACCUUCACGCCCUACCAGUUCAAAGCACUCGAGCCAUCGUCACAACCGAGGGACUUCUGCGCGGAUCAGGCGUACUGGGUCAGGUAGCUCGAACUCUAGCGAAAACUCAGGGUACCGUAACGGAAGCUCGUCAAGUCUGCCCUCUGGUAUCCUUCCGCCAUCAAAAUGGCGGUUCCUACGGCACUUAGGCCUCCCUGACAACUCCCUGACCUCUGUCACUGCAGCCGCCUUGGCACCCGUCGCCAACAGCCUGCAUUCUCUUGAUCUGUCGGCGAACCUCUUCACCGAAGUCCCUGACAGUUUGGCCUCUCUAGUCGCUCUGAGAGCUCUCAACCUGUCUCAUUGUAUGAUCGACUCUCUUCACUCACUGUCUCGCAACCCCCUUCCUGCGAUCACAGCUCUUAACCUUCGUGGCAACCGUCUCCGUUCGCUUGCCGGUAUCGAGCGGCUGCCUUCGCUCGAGAGAUUGGAUCUGCGAGACAACAACUUGUUCGAUCCUACAGAGAUUGCCAGACUUACCAAUCUCCCUGAGAUACGGGAGAUCUGGGUAUCUGGAAAUCCAUUCGUCAAGACGCAUCUCAACUACCGUAUCGUGAUUUUCAAUCUCUUCCGCCGCACACCGGGUUACUCAGAAGACAUAAUCAUCGAUGGUUCGGGACCAGGAUACACCGAAAGGAAACAGCUGGUCGAUCGGGUUGCAGAGGUUGAAAGCGCGCCAGUCAUUCGGUCAGCUGCGGCGGACCAUUCGGCCGUGGCUGUCGUUAGCAAACCACCGAAUGUCGCACAAGGAGCCGCAGCUCCAAAGGCUUUUCAAGCGCCAGCACUAGAGAAUGAUCGCGGAAUUGGGUCCAGUCGACGAAAGCAGGGUGCUCGGCGGAGAAUUGUUGACAUCUCGUUGGAUAAGCCCACUGAUGAUAAUGGCGAUACAGGUGCGGUGGUGCCUUCUGUUUCUCCCAUGCAGCAUGUUCACUUGCCCGUUGAUCCGUUUGUUUCGACGCCUACCGACCGUCAAUGGAAAUCUGAUGGUGGACCCCAGGCCGAACCCUCCAACGUACCUCACUCUGACGGAGCAGUCGACACUAGCUCCUCAUCACAGAUUAAAAGAUCUUCCGUUCUGCAGAACAUGUCUCAGAACACCGAUUGGAAGGCCGACGAAGAAUUUUACAUGCAGAAAUUGGAGGCUCUCAAGCAGGAGUUUGGUAGCAACUGGCUCUCGAUGAUGGGAGACCAUACUCGGGAUAAGAGCAUCAGCAUGCCUCGUACCGGGACGAGCAUUGGCGAAUCCAGCCUACUGUCUGCAGGAACUUUCCCAAGGGCAGCUAACCAACCUAUACUCAGUGGUGGAAACCCCUGA